AUGGCGGCGGCGGCGUGGCCGGCUCCCCGCGGCCCUGCCCGCUGGCUCCAGUGCGGGCCCGAGAGCAACAGGUUAAGCCAGCGAGACGUCAGCGCGCCCCCUUUCCGCCCCCUGAUUCCUCCCCCGCCUCGCGCCGGCCUCCCCUCCCUCCCUCCGCCCCCCGCGGCUCCGGGUUCCCGGACGCUCCGGCCGCGUUCUUUUGUCAUUGUGACGUCACAAAGGGACGGGCCCGGGUGGAACCUUCUCCUCCUCCGUGACGUCAAAAGUCGGGCGGGAGGUUCCAGCGCGGCGGGGCUGCGGGGGAGGAGGGAGCGGCGCGGAGGCGGGGGCUGCCGCGUGGGAGGAGGAAGUGGAGGAGGAGGAGGAUGCGACCGGCCUCGGCCUUCCGCCGCGAAACGCCGCGCUUCCCUCCAGGUUUGCUGAUGCUGUGGCAUUACUGCGGUGGUGGUCGUGUUCUCUCGUCAACGCUUUUGAAAAGCAGGGAAACUUCAUGCAGGGAAGCUUGGCUUUGUAGGAGAACCAUGUUGUGGAUUUGGCCACCUUGUCACUUUAAAGUCGUGUUGGGGGUGUCUCUGCAGGAUGUGGCGGGAUGCCUUUCUGGGUGAUGUUGCACAGCAUCAACUGUUGCUCUUGAUGGAUGCUUUGAAACACCAGAGUGGCACUUCUUCGCUGUGCCAGCUCUAGGCCUAUUGAGUAUUUUAGGGGCUGGGGCAGACGGGGGAAGACUGUCAUUGAUGCGCGUGCUUGAAAGAGCACUGGACUGCAAGUCUAAGGUGUUCUGGGCUUAGUUCUUGAGAACCGGAGAACAAGAGGCUGGAAAUCUGGGUCUGUUUACUCUUCUGUAAAAUGGAAAAAGUAAUACGUGCCUUUGCCACUUCACUUUAU